GGGAACGUGGAGGCGAUCGUGAAUCUUGGGAAUUUGUACAACGAUGGAAGUGGUGUCAAGCUGGACAAGAAGAAGGCGGAGCGGCUGUAUCGCACGGCCGCCGAUCGGGGCAUCGCGCUCGCGCAAUACAAUACAGGGCUUUUACUUUACUCUGAGCAGAGAUUUGAAGAAGCGUUCCGGUACUACGCGCUCGCCGCGGAUCAAGGUUAUAGACGUGCAGAGAACAACCUUGGCAUUUGUCACGAGCGCGGAAAUGGCACGGAAUCCGAUAAGAAAGCCGCAAAAAUUUGGAAGCGCGCCGUGGAGCUCGGGAACGUGUACGCGAUGAGAAACCUGGGAACCUUGUACAGGGAUGGAAGCGGCGUCAAGCUGGACAAGAAGAAGGCGGAGCGGCUGUAUCGCAUGGCCGCAGAUCGGGGCAACGCGGUCGCGCAAACCAGUUUAGGAUUUUUCCUUGAGUCUGAGAAGAGACACGAAGAAGCGUUCCGGUACUUCGCGCUCGCGGCGGAUCAAGGCCAUAUCGGUGCGGAGUUUUGCCUUGGCUGCUCUUACAUGGACGGAGACGGCACAGAAAAAGCCGCAAAAAUUUGGAAGCGCGCCGUGGAGCUCGGCGACGUGGACGCGAUGAUUAAUCUUGGGAUGUUGUACGAGCAUGGAAGUGGCGUCAAGCUUGACAAGAAGAAGGCGGCGCGGCUGUAUCGCGCGGCAGCAGAUCGGGGCGUCGCGGCCGCGCAAUGCAAUUUGGCGUUUUUACUUGAUGCUGAGGAGAAACAUGAAGAAGCGUUUCGGUACUACGCGCUCGCGGCGAAUCAAGGUUAUACACGUGCAGAGCAUAACCUUGGCUGUUGCUACAUGAGCGGAGCAUGCACGGAAGUCGACGUCGGCAAAGCCAGGUACUGGUUCGAGCGCGCCGCUGCCAAGGGCAACGAGGGAUCUACGAGGUGCCUCGCGCGCCUCGACGCGCGAGUAUAG